CGGCCGCCGCGCGCCCCCGGGCUACCGCUGCCCCGAGCCGCAGUGCGCGCUGGCCUUCGCCAAGAAGCAGCAGCUGCAGGUGCACCUGCUGACGCACGGCGGGCCCCAGGCGCGCCGGCCCUUCAAGUGCCCGCUGGACGGCUGCGGCUGGGCCUUCACCACCUCCUACAAGCUCAAGCGACACCUGCAAUCGCACGACAAGCUGCGCCCGUUCGGCUGCCCCGUGGGCGGCUGCGGCAAGAAGUUCACCACCGUGUACAACCUCAAGGCGCACAUGCGCGGCCACGAGCAGGAGAGCCUCUUCAAGUGCGAGGUGUGCGCCGAGCGCUUCCCCACGCACGCCAAGCUCAGCUCGCACCAGCGCAGCCACUUCGAGCCCGAGCGGCCCUACAAGUGCGACUUUCCCGGCUGCGAGAAGACCUUCAUCACGGUGAGCGCCCUCUUCUCCCACAGCCGCGCGCACUUCAGGGAGCAGGAGCUCUUCCCCUGCUCCUUCCCCGGGUGCAGCAAGCAGUACGACAAAGCCUGCCGCCUCAAGAUCCACCUGAGAAGCCACACAGGUGAAAGGCCAUUUAUAUGUGACUCGGACAGUUGCGGCUGGACCUUCACCAGUAUGUCCAAACUCCUGAGGCAUAAAAGGAAACACGACGACGACCGGAGGUUCACCUGCCCCGUGGAAGGCUGUGGGAAGUCCUUCACCCGCGCAGAGCACCUGAAAGGGCACAGCAUCACCCACCUGGGCACCAAGCCCUUCGAGUGCCCCGUGGAAGGGUGCUGUGCUAGGUUCUCCGCUCGCAGCAGUCUCUACAUUCACUCCAAGAAGCACCUCCAGGACGUGGGCGCUCCCAAAAGCCGCUGCCCCGUGUCCAGCUGCAAUAGACUCUUCACCUCCAAGCACAGCAUGAAGGCGCACGUGGUGCGGCAGCACAGCCGGCGCCAAGACCUGGUCCCUCCCCUGGAGGCACCGAGUUCGCUCACCCCCAGCAGCGAGCUGAGCGGCCCCGGGCAGAGCGAGCUCAGCAGCUUGGACCUGGCCGCCCUCUUCUCGGAGCCACCCGCCAGCGGAGGUGCAGCGGCCGCAGGGUCGGAGGAGGCGCUGAGUUCUGGAAUCCUCACCAUCGACGUCACUUCCGUGAGCUCCUCCCUGGGAGGGACCCUCCCAGCUAACAGCAGCUCCUUGGGGCCCAUGGACCCCCUGGUCCUGGUGGCCCACAGUGACAUUCCUCCAAGUCUGGAGAGCCCCCUCAUCCUGGGGACAGCGGCCACAGUGCUCCCGCCGGGCAGCUUCAGCGUGGAGGACGUGCACACGGUGACCACGGGACCCGUGGGCUGCCUGGUGGCCCUGCCCGUGGGCCAGGACCCAGCGGCUUUGACCUCCAGUGGCAACUUAGCAGCACACGCCACCACCCCGGCCUCCACCAGCGCCCCCGAGCUGCCAGCCCCCGUCAAGGUGGAGAGGGACCCGCCUGCGGCCCCACAGCAGGCAGGCCACACGCCACCCCCACCCGUGUCCUGCAGCCCCCCAGAGCAGCACAGUGCCCAGGACACAGAGCCCGCUGCCAGCCCCGGCGGCCUCUACCUGCUGUGUGACGUUGGGUUCCCUCGUGUCCCUGAGUACAAAUGGUGUGUGGUGACUGGGCCCCAGGAAAGUGGGGGCUCAGCAAGAACUGAUUCCCGGGCCGUGCAGCUAGCCCAGAAAAAAAAGGAAGGAGCGGCCCGCCGUGCAGGAGCCCCCAAAUCCACUCAGAGGAAACUCAGAGAUGGCCAGUGUGGGCCUCCCUGCCUCCAGGGAGGCCAAAGCAGCUGCCCGCGUGGGAGCCUCUCCAGGCCCCUCGGAGGUCUGCCAGGAUCCGCUCUGACAGCUGGGCUCCAGUGCGUCCAGGUUCCAGUCCUGCAGCCUGUCUCCCUGCACCUCUGCAAGCUCUUACCUCGGUCAGGACUGGCGCACCAGGAUGAUCCCUCGGGUGAAGGAGUCCUGCCUCUGGCCCUCAGUCCCCAGCCCUCGGCCUUCUAUCCCUGCUUCACCCUGGAUUUGCCUGUCUACGUCCUCCAGGAGGUCCCUACGGACCCCGGAGGCACUGCCGGGCCAGCGGCUGCACAGGCACCAGGAAGCACCAUCAACCUCAGGGACCUGCAGUGACACCCGCCCUCUGGAGCACGUCCAGGCUGCGCUUCCCCAGGUGACACCGAUGACAUGGUACCAGGGGCUCAGAGGCCCCCCUUGGUGUCCACCCAGAAGCCUCGCCUCGUUCUUCAGAGACUUUGGGUCCAUUUAUCAAAAACUUUGAUUUCCAUCAGGAACCAUCUGGGCCGAACUUUUUGACACUGUCCUGACGGGGAGGCGCCCUCUCGGGCGGUGCCCGGUGUGUGUGGCUGCCGUUCCCAGGUCCCAGUGGAUCUCAGUUUGUAAUUGUUGCAUCAAAAGGAAAAAAAAAAAGAUCUAUAUAGGAAGUAGGGCAGAGUCAGGUCCUGCUCCAGGACAACCCUGUCCCCGGGGCUCUCCCACCACCAGUGUUUUAUUUUACAUCGUGUGUGCCCAGGAAAGAUCUAGAAAUCCCAUCUUCUGUGACAGGCCACUUCUCAGUGCUUGGGAUGGUGGUCACAGUGGGCCCAUCUUGCCAAUCUUAGCCCCAGGGUGAAGCCAGACCCCAGUCCGUGUUCCAGCAAGACAGAGACAGCGAGUUUGGGAGGAAGGUGACCAGGGACGCCCUGGGACCUGGGUCCAGCCAAUGGGGAGCUGCACAUUUGGAUGCGAAAGUUAAAAAAAAGAAAAAAGAAAAAAAACCUUUUCAGAUGCCGUCUCUAAGCUCCACGUUUGGCUAUUGUUAAAUAGUAAGUGACCACGGUGCCUAAUGCCAUCUCCUGAGUGCUGGGACUAAUGUGAGGGACCGUGACAGUGGCACACAGAUGGCUCUUAUGGUACAGGUGGCCGGUGUACCCACACUGCGCCCACUGCCCUUUCCCCAGGGGGUGUCCCCUGGGAGGAGAUGUCCAUCACUUGGCACACACCAGCUGGUCAGUACCUGGACACAGGACCCCCAGAAUGCGUCCCUUCCCCCUGGUGCCUUUGAAGUUGACCCCGAUGCGGCUGCGGGUCCCACCUAGGCAUCCUGCCACUCAGCGCUCCCUCUGUUCCUGUUUUUCUCUAAUUUGGGGACUUUGGCCUCCGGAGGGGGAGGCCAAGUGUGCCGAGCCUCCUCUGUCUGCUGUCCCUCCGGAAAGGAACUGAGGCCAUUUGGGAGCCACUCCUCUCCUCAGGUCCCUGUGCUGCUGACAGGCCACGUUCUGGGGUCAUCUGUGCCCACCUGUCCUCCAGGGGCCUCCCGUAAUGGGGAGCCCCUCUCGGGUGAGCCCCUGCGUCUCCCACUGGGCGUCACCACCGAGGGGUUAAAACUGGCUGGCGGAGCGCUGGUCACCGAGGCUGCCUGCCUGGCGACCGCCACCUCGGAGUGCAAGUGAAUAAAGGUUUUUGUAUUGUCGUG